AUUAGUAGUAGUAGAAGUAGAAGAAGAAGAAGAAGAAGACGAAGCUUCCCGCGGGAGACGACAGUCAGCGGAGCUAACAGCGAACCAACUUGCUGCAGCUAUUAGAGACAUUGUUGUUUUACUUUUCCGACAUGGAAACAACGUGCGAAAAAAACACAGAAGAAGAACCCCGAUCCACCGUGGGAGCUGAACACGAUGAAGAUGAAUAUGAAGAAUCAGGAGCAGAGAGUGAAGAGUGGGUUAAUAAAGAGGAGGAAAGUGAAGACUCUGACGAGCACUCCCCGGCUGACAAUGACAACACCAUGGAGACGGAUGACGCUGUACCUAGUUCUGGGUGGACAUCCAAGAGUGGGCUGGAAUGGUCUCCAACUGAUGCAGACACCAUGCGCUACAUUGCUCCGCCCAUCAAAGCCACUGGACCUACACGUUAUGCCAUUGACAGGAUCACUAACCUGGAAGAUAGUUUCGAGCUCAUGGUAACGCCUGAAAUUGUCAAACACAUCACGGAAAUGACGAACCUCCAUGGUAGACGCACUGUGAAGAAUUGGACGGACACCGACACUACUGAGAUUAAAGCCUACAUCGGGCUGUUGAUCUUGGCCGGCGUCUACAGGUCUAGAAAUGAGUCGACAGUCAACCUCUGGAGGGACGGCACUGGGCGGCCCAUCUUUACCGCGACCAUGGCGCACAAGAGAUUUUCACAGCUCUCCACCGUCAUCCGUUUUGAUGACAAGCAAACCCGGCAGGCAUGUUUAGUCCGCCAGCCGGACAAGCUGGUGGCGAUUCGGGUGAUUUGGGAUAAAUGGCUGCGUCAACUUGAGAGUGUUUUCAUCCCAGACCGGGAAAUUACCAUAGAUGAAAAGGUGAUCCUAUUCAGAGGCCGGUGUCCUUUCCAGCAGGCCAUGCUCAAAAAGCCAUUCAGAUCCGGCCUAAAGAUUUGGGUACUGUGUGAUGCCCAGACCUCAUUUGCAUGCCGUAUGCAAGUACAUACAGGGAAGACACCAGAUGGCGCUCCUAAAACCAGCCAGGGCAAACAGGUCGUCCUGGAACUCACUGAGGGGAUGAAAGGAAAUACGGUGACUUGCAACAACGUUUAUACAUCGUACAGCCUGGCAGAGGACCUCCUGCGGAGGAAGAUCACGCUUGUUGGUCACAUCCACAAUAGCAAGCCUGAGCUUCCCCCAGCUCUGCUGCAGACGAGGGGAAGGGUUAUAAACUCCGCCGUCUUUGCUUUCCGCAAGAAAGCAACCUUGGUGUCGUACAUCGGGAUGCCUAGGAAAAAUAUCAUCCUACUCAGCACCAAGCAUCGGAAGCCUGAAGUGACCAGCGGCAAGAGUCGCAAGCCCCAGAUGGUGGUGGAUUACAACCGCUGGAAGAAAGGUGUGGACGUCCUGAAUCAGCUGGUGGCCACCUACUCGUGUAGGCAAAGGACACGCCGUUGGCCGAUGGCCCUUUUCCACCACAUCAUUGACGUGUCUGCCGUCAAUGCAUCAAUCCUGUGGACAGCGGCGCAGCCCAACUGGAAGCAGGGCAACCUGACCCGUCGGCGGCUCUUCUUGGAGGAGCUGGGGAGGGCACUGACCUUUCCACUGAUGGCCACAAGGCAGCGCCUUCCCCACCAGCCAGGUGCUGCUGCCAUGGUGACACAAGCCCAGGACCUUGCCCCUGUCACUCCCUCGUGCAAAUCACUCAAGGACACAAGGAGGCAGUGCAAAUACUGCCCAGUCAAAAAAAGGAGGAUGGUCACAACCAUCUGCCAAAAGUGUGAUAAUUAUACUUGCAAAGAACACACCACAGUCAUUUGUAACACGUGUGCCCCUUCUGUCUGGUCUAGACUGUCUCACACACACACACACACACACAGUGCCUCUGUUCCCGUCUGUUCUAAAUGAAUGUUGUUGAAAAAAUAUUGUUUUUCUUGUUCAAAGUUUGUUUUUUUUUUCUUUUCUAGAGAAUCCUGAAUAUGAUAAUGGGAAUAUUUUUUAUGCUCAAGUCUGAAGUUGGAGCAGCACAGUCAUUUAGUAUUCAUACUCGUGUAAAAUACACAACAGUGGUUAUGAGGGUAUUAAAUGGAUUACUUUAAUUAUCUGACACUGCAUUCAAAAACAGAAAUGUAUCUAGAUCAAAGUUGUUGUUGACCAUAUACCAGACUGUCAUAAACCCUCCCAAAAACAUCCACCUGGCAUUUAGUAUGUUAUUUCCUAUUCUUUCAAUGGUGGGCAUCUAUAAAAUAACAUUUAUUGUGCAUAACGGGCUGAACUGGAUUAUUGUGGAAUAUGCAAGAGGUGUUGAGAUGUGCCUUGCCACGCCAAGCUGUGCCGGAGAUGGACCUUCUCAGGAGUAGGUCCAAUAGCCGGGCCCUCGAGCAGGUAGGGUGAGGUCUCGCCGACUGUGGCCAGUUCACUAUCAGCCGUAUUAGAAGUUGCUGCUCGAAAACUCAACAUUUACUUAUGUUGCUGCUUCACUGUAAUAGUUUUUACAUAACAAAAUAACAGGAGACUUUUAUUGUGAAGAAUCUAUAGGCCAUAAAAUGUGUUAUUACUGAUUUGGCAAAGCCUUGUAAGCAGCUACUCUUCAAUAAAGGUGAGGCUAAUGAUACUGCAGGGAGGAAAGUGAAAGCAGUAACAGCCACAGUGAGAUGUUGAUGAAGAGCUGCAGACAACAGGCUCUUACUGCACCUCUGCAAACAGCUCACCUCCAACAGGUAAAUGUCUUUUACCUGCCCUGCUGUGGAAAAAAACAUGCAGCAAAAAUAACAGGUGACUUAGACAUCAUCACUCAAGACCAGCCAUCAUCAGUUUAAGACACACCUUCAAGAAGGUAGCCUUGUUGUAAUGGAAACGCAAAUCCCUGCUGUGCUGGGCUGACGGCCCAAACCAAACCAAGCCAAACCAAACCAAGCCAAACCAGCCCAUGACUGUGGAAAGGGGGUAAAAGUCUGUUCCUUCUCCUUACCUUUCUUAUCUUGAAGAAUUGAUCCCACAAUACUACUUAUUGUCCGUCAACAAUACUACCACACAUACUUUAAUAUUUACAACUAUUUGAUCCUUUUCUACGGCUCUCAUGACAAGUUGUGGUGAAGUCACAGCUGAAUCCAAAUGUCUUCCCCCUGGACAUGCGGACUGAGCCCUUGCGGACUUCAGAAGUGUGACAUAUUUACUGUCAUCACGUAAAGUCUGCGAGGGCAGAGACUGCGAACGGCUGAUAGACAGCCCUCGAGACUGUUUUACUUAUUGCCGUGGAAACGUUUAACUAUCGCUGCAGUCAUAUUCAUAUGUCAUAUAAGGUGAUGAACAGUGCCCACUCAUCUGUUCCUGCAGAUAACAAGAUAUAAAUCCCAUGAUUAGCCUUUUUUGUGACUAAACAAAAAAUGUAUUAAUACAUCUCUAUAUAACAAGCUACAUGUUCAAAAACAUUAAUGUAAAUAAGGACAGGAAAUAACUCUGCACUGCACAGCCUGAUAGGCCCCAAUAAUAAAAUGCAUUUUCAUUCCCUCUAUAGCCUAUACUUCACAUAUCUCUGAUUCAUGAUGUGGUUGAAUAUUAUUUCUGGCCUACACAAUUCAAAUAACAUUUUAAUAGGCCUAGUUAUCAAUAACUAUUUUACACAUUUAUAAGGUUUUUCAGUAGUUCAAAAACCCACAGCGUCAUGUCUGUAUUGUAAUAAAUUGUGGGUUAUUAAAUCAAUGAAGUCUGCACCCCAAGUUGACUCUCGAAGUCUGCAGAAAGUCUGUGUGAGGCCCCUUGCAGACUGGCUGAAUUGUAGAUUUGGGCAGCCCUAAGCACUCCCAGACAAGUGCAGUGAAGUCCAGACAUUUGGGCUGAAUCCAAACUCCUGUAUUUGUUUGUUCUCAGUCUCCAAUUGUUGUAAUCACAAUAGAUACAUUCAAUGAAAUGCUUUACAGGCGAUUUGUAAUUUAUGUUCAUGGUUCAACCUCAAUUUUACAUGAAUUCAGAUGUAAAUCAGCAGCACAUCAGUUUGCUGCUGCAGAGCAGACCUGUACCCUCAAUUACACAGGCUAAAUAAACUGUGUCUGACUAAAAGGUUAAUGUUUUCAGAGGAAAAAAAAUACAAGACAACAGUUUUCAUUAAAGAUCAGUCAGAUACAGUCAGGGCUUCACAUCUGUACAGAUGUUAUUUUAAGAAUCCUCACAUCCCACUGACCACCAGUCUCUGUGAUGUUUAAUACUUCAAUAAUUAAAACAGUCCAGUGUUAAUACACAGUAGACUACAAAUAGUUUAUGAUACAGUUAAAAUGGCCAGAAAUGUGAAUAACUGAGUUGCAGGAUGAUUUAAGGUGUGCCCCUCAAUGUUCUGCUUGUGCUCCUUAAAUCUUUCAGUUAGGAGCUACAGUGCUCCCACUAAAAAAUCGUUAGUCUGGAGCCCUGAUCCCAUUUAAUACAAAAGCUACAUGUUAGUCAGUGUUAGUGGGUUUUUUCUGCAGUGGUUUAGAGGCGUAAGGGACCUGAGAUGCACCCUGUUCAACCACAGCCUACACAUUUCAGUGUCAUUUCAGGGGUCGGGGGAUAUCAGCCUAUCUCAGCCAUCUCAACCUGUGUGAGAGGUGAAACAACAAAACAAGUUCUUAUCCGACAUAUAUAUGACCGGAUACUUCAAACCUUUUAAUUUGUUUUACAGUGAUGACGAGGAAAUGGAUGAUUCAGACUCUUUGUUUUGGUGACAGCAGCAAUGGCUACACCUCAAACUUUGCUGUGUUCUCUGGAAAGCCACAGUUGGCAUCAGACUUUGGAACUGGAUAUGACUCGGUUAUGUCCCUGAUGAAUACAGUAUACCCGGGCAGUGGCUUUCAUCUACACGUGAAAACUUCUACACCAGUUCACAGCUCCUCCAGUAUCUAUUUAGCGUGAGUAUCAGAGCAUGAGGCACAUACAGAGACAACAGAAGAGACUGCAAACACACAGGCUCACUUAGUCCUAGAGGCUCCUUCAGAUGGAUCCGUAAUGACCCACUGGUUUUUGUGAAGAAGAUGGCCUCACGAGAGGUCUGUGUCUGCUCUACAAUCCACACGGCAUUCUCUGGAGGCACUGUGGCAAUCGCUCCUCAAGCUGAUGCAAGCUAUAAGAUUAGAAGACACAGAGCCUGUAUACACUGCCAGCCGACCAAGCAGGUGAAGCAUAACACCUCCUGAGAGUGUAAAGAGUGUGAUGUGGCCCUCUGUGUCAUUGCAGACAGGAACUGCUUUCAGGAAUGGCACAACUAACUUUUCGGAGCAUGAUCAAACAGGGCCUUAUCUGAAAGAACUGAAAUACUUUUUUGAAAGAAUAGUUUUUGGUGUUUUGCCCUUAUUAGAUAGGACAGCUUCAGUGUGAAGCUGUGUGACUGUGAUUUGCUCCACCUAUUGGUGCAGCAUGAUCAUGGCAGUGUUUAUUUUUUUGUGCCCAAGGUACACCAGAGGGCCAGCAACAAUCUCAAGGCACACCCGUAUUUAUAUCUGUGCACAAUAACUUCCAUAAUGUGGUGCUUUGUUGUAAUUUGCUCCAUACAAUAAAGCGAUCCAUUCCACUCACGACUUUCUCCUUUUAAAUGUUAUCAUCCCUCAUACUGGCUGCCAAUCAGGGCUUUUGAUGUGUCACACUCUUAUAAUUCCCACAUGCAGACGGUGAUAAAUAGGCUCUCUGUGAGCGUUUUUUAAAUUAAAUUAAAUUAAAUUACAUUGCUUAGCUAGAGCUUACCUCUUUAUUAGGGAAAUGGGUGUGCAUAUCUUCAUGGUACUCGUUCACGGAAUAGGUUGUUCCGUCACACUCCCUUAUACACGGAAUGAUCUACAAAAGACCUUAAACUUGGACACUCUGCCGCCCUUAUGGCAGUUUGAGUGCUUUAUUUCUGAUGUUUUAAUUGAGUGUCAAUGUUUUGAACUAUACAUCUACACCUUAGCAUGUUUAUCACCCUGUAUUUCUACUUUUAGCAAUCAUUUAUUGCUGUUGUUUUUUAUGAUUUCAUUUUUGUUUUAAUUGAUAUGCAUAAUUGUUCUUUGUUUGCUUAUUGUUUUAAUGUCUUUGCUCAUGCUCGGCAUCAUUGAAAAUGAGGGUCUCCCUCGGUUGAUUUCCCGAGUCUUAAAUAAAGGUUUGAAUGAAUGAAUUAUUGCUUGUUUUGUUUAUUUUUAUUAUUUUUUUCUUUUCUUACCUCCUCUUCCCUCACCCUUUCACCUGUCAACCUGUAUAGAUGUACAGACACACACGACAGCCAACAUAACCUCGUCCUCUUAUCCCCUGACGACAGUGUGUUCACUUUUGUAUUCACUGUCUUAGUGUUUUGUAUUGUCUUGCAAUAAAUAAUUCUAAUAAAAAAGAACAUUUACCCAUCUACUAGAGAAGCAGUGACAUGUAGGAACCACAACAGGCUGAGUGCUGCACCUUUUCAACACUGUUCUGUAUUACAAACUUGAACACCAUUUCACAUAACGUAUAAAUCACACCAGUCAGACACACUCUAAAAUGAAACCGUCUUUAUUAAGUAACUUUAAUAUCAGAAAAAUAAAACUCUUAAAUUCUCUUUACAGCAAAUAUAUAAUAUCAGUGCUUUGGCCGCAAUAACUUAAAAGGCCGUUAUAAAAUAUAGUCUGCUUUUAAACUCCUGACUCAAUUUGAAGAAUUUAUAUGCCAUAAGACUCCCCCUACAUAUACAUAACAAAAGUGUAGUAAAAUUAGCAAAUACUUUGAACUGUUGGUACAUCUUAACAAUAUAUGUAUUAUUUAUAUAUAGAUAAUCUAAGAUACAUUGUACAGUAUACCGUUCUUAAUUUGGUGGCGUACAGACAUGACAGGCAGCUUGAAUCCUUGGCCUUUGUACAGUUGCAGUGUGACAUUUUACAUUGGCGGUACAUUAUGAAGACAUGCUCGUGAUGCACAUUCCAUUUUCCACUAGGUUAAAACGGCAGCUAUCAAUACUAUUAUCAUCAAUACUGUAAACUAAUAACUAGACUACAAGCAGAUAGCAUUGACACCCUCCUCCUCCUGCAUCAUCUCUGGGUUUCCAACUCUUCAUUCACUUGAUCACUCAGAAAAAAAAAAGUUAAAAAAAAAAAAAAAAUUAAAAAUCUUAUUGUAAACAUUUUAAUAUAGAUAUAUUUAUGUAUAUAUAUGAAAUGUAACAAAAUAAAAAUAAGUUCUGUAUAUUUAUCAGUCAUUAACAGUAAUAUCGUAUAAUACAUACACAAAAAUGUCAAUAGAUUCAUGUCAAUAAACCGAGGGCCGACAGUGUAUUGCAUUCCCUCAGAGAGAGUAAGAGAGCAAAGAGAGAUCAACUCCUCGUAGAGCUGAGAGAAGUCAAAUAAAAAGGACGGAGAGAAGACCCGAGGGGACAGAAGCAGAUGGGGUUUUUUUUUU